AUGAAGAGCAACCGAGGCGGCAAGAAGGACCUCAGCGCCGGGCUUAAGUACAGCCACCAAUCCCAGAAUAUAAAUGGCUUUGAGGAAGGAGUGGAGUUCUUGCCAGCUAACAAUUCAAGGAAGGUGGAAAAACGAGGACCCAAGCGCUGGAUUGUGCUGCUGGCAUUGGUGAUCUUCUUCCUCCUGUUAUCCCUUAUGGUUGGAAUCUUGGUGUGGCAUUUUAAGUCUCAGAAUGCACGGGUACCAAAACUCUUCAAUGGCUACCUGAGGAUUACAAAUGAGAACUUUAUAGAUGCCUAUGAGAAUUCCAACUCCACAGAAUUUGCGAACCUGGCCAGCAAGGUUAAGGAAGCGCUAAAGGUUUUAUACAAUGGAAUCCCAACCCUUGGGCCCUUCUACAAAGAAUCUGGAGUAACAGCUUUCAGUGAGGGCAGUGUCAUUGCCUACUACUGGUCAGAAUUCAGUGUCCCCCAAUACAGGGUAGAGGAGGUUGAGCGAGCCAUAUCAAAAGAAUACGGCCUGUCGCUACCUCCUAGGUCGCGGUCCAUGCAGUCCUUCAACGUGGCAUCAGUUGUGGCUUUCCCCACUGAUGCCAGGACGGCACAAACAACACGAGACAACAGCUGCAGCUUUUCCCUUCAUGCCCGGUCUGGUGAGGUGACCCGCUUCACCACCCCAGGAUUCCCAGACAGCCCCUACCCAGCUCGUGCCCGCUGCCAGUGGGCUCUGCGUGGAGAUGCUGACCUGGUGCUGAGCCUUACCUUCCAAAGUUUUGAUGUUGCAGCCUGUGAUGAAGUUGGGAGUGAUGUGGUCAUGGUAUAUGACUCCCUGAGCCCUGUGGAACCUCGAGCUGUGGUGCAGCUAUGUGGCACUUACCCACCCUCCUACAACCUGACCUUCCUCUCCUCUCAGAACGUCAUGCUUGUCACGCUCAUCACCAACACUGUCCGGCGCCACCCUGGUUUUAAGGCUGCGUUUUUCCAGUUGCCCAAGAUGACUGAAUGUGGAGGUCGCCUAACCGGAGUUGAGGGGACAUUCAACACCCCCUACUACCCAGGCCACUACCCUCCCAAUACAGACUGCACGUGGAACAUUGAGGUCCCUAGUAACCAAAAUGUCAAGAUUCGUUUCAAACUCUUCUAUCUGGUGGAACCCCACGAAACCCUGGGUACCUGCACCAAGGACUAUGUGGAAGUCAAUGGGGAAAAGUUCUGUGGAGAGAAGCCACAGUUUGUUGUGUCCAGCAACAGUAACAAGAUCACUGUCCAUUUCCACUCAGAUGAGUCCUAUACUGACACAGGUUUCUUCGCUGAGUACCUCUCCUAUGACUCCCGUGACCCCUGCCCUGGCAUGUUCACCUGUAAGACAGGACGCUGUAUUGAUAACACUCUGCGCUGUGAUGGCUGGGCUGACUGCACAGACUUCAGUGAUGAGCUUGAUUGUGUGUGUAACUCAACCUACCAGUUCACUUGCAACAACAAGUUUUGUAAGCCUCUCUUUUGGGUCUGUGACGGCCUGAAUGACUGUGGGGAUAACAGUGAUGAGCUGAAGUGCAGCUGUCCAGCUCAGACCUUCAAGUGUGGCAAUGGAAAAUGCAUCUCUGAGAGCCAGAAAUGUGAUAAGCAGGAUAACUGUGGAGACGGGAGUGAUGAAGCUGACUGCGAGAGUGUUUGGACUGUCCCCUGCACCACACACACAUACAAGUGCCUCAGUGGAGUGUGUCUGAACAAAGGGAACCCAGAAUGUGAUGGGCAGAAUGACUGCAGCGAUGGCUCGGACGAGAAGAACUGUGAUUGUGGACUCCGGUCAUUCAGUAAACAGUCAAGGAUUGUUGGAGGCCAGAACUCAGAUGAAGGAGAGUGGCCAUGGCAGGUGAGCCUCCAUGCAGAGGGCCAGGGUCACCUCUGUGGGGCGUCACUAAUCUCCUCCACCUGGCUUGUCUCUGCAGCCCAUUGCUUCAUUGAUGAGCCAAGAAUCAGAUACUCUGACCCCACUUUAUGGAAAGCCUACCUGGGUCUGCAUGACCAGAGCAAGCGCAGUGCCGCGGGGGUGCAAGAGAGGGGGUUCAAACAGAUCAUCUCCCACGCUGCCUUUAAUGACUUCACCUUUGACUAUGAUAUUGCUGUUCUAGAGCUGGACGAACCUGUUGAGUUCAGCUCUUUAAUUCGGCCCAUCUGUCUGCCUGAUUCAUCCCACACCUUCCCUGCGGGCAAGGCCAUCUGGGUGACAGGCUGGGGGCACACUACGGAAGGAGGCACUGGGGCAUUGAUCCUACAGAAGGGAGAGAUCCGAGUGAUCAAUCAGACAACGUGCGAGUCCUUGCUACCCAACCAGCUGACCCCUCGUAUGAUGUGCGUGGGCUUCCUCAAUGGGGGUGUUGAUGCCUGCCAGGGUGAUUCAGGGGGCCCUCUCUCCAGUGUGGAAGAUGAUGGACGGAUGUUCCUGGCUGGGGUGGUGAGCUGGGGUGAAGGCUGUGCUCGACGGAACAAGCCAGGUGUCUACACAAGAGUCUCCAUGCUUCGGGACUGGAUUAAAGAGAAGACAGGAGUGUAG